AAUAAUAUAUAUUAUACAGCUGUGAUACAGGUACUUUACUGUUAGACAUAAGUCCAACUACACAAAUGACUAUCUUCCGUAGAAAUGCUGACAUGAUUAUCAAGUAAUUGAAAAUUCCCUCUUUCUCUUAUCACUUAAAGUGGAAUCCCAAAGGUGCCCCAGCGUUUCCCAACUGCAACCCCACAGUCUGUUUCAGGUGACGUCAUGCCAGUUGUUUUGGUCCGCCCGACCAAUCGAACGCGCUGCUUGGAUUCUACAGGAGCCGAAAUGGGUCCUUCCUCGCCCCAGCAGGACUUCCCCAUCCCUACCAUAACGCAUUGCGCUGGGUGCACUGCCCGUUCCCCCUGGUGCUUUAACAACUCUGACAUGGAAACCCCAUUGCAGUUGCAGCACGAUUUUUUUCAGGAGCAGCAGCAGCAGCAGCAUCAUCAACACUAUCCUCAUCAGUACCACUGCCAGGACCAGGAAGAUCAGUUUCUCCAGCAGCAGGACGAUCCAUGCUUCACAUGCAACAACUGUCCUUAUGGUGUGGAGGAUAACUUGAUUCUUCUGCGGACUUCACCCCCUUUAACGGGAGUCUUCAGGACUAAUUCAUCGCCAGUCUCCUCUUCAAGCCACGGCAGUCAGCUAAACGUUAGCGAGUUCACGCCUUCCAGUCAUGCCAGUUCAUCCAGACACCACCACCACCACCAUCAAUACCAGCAAUGCCACAGUAGGCAGCAGGGUAGCCCUGCAAGCAACAGCAGAGAUAGUAACCCAUUCACCGAAAUAGCCAUGAGCAGCUGCAGGUACAACGGUGGAGUGAUGCGGCCGCUAAGUAACCUUAGUUCUUCCCGCAGGAACCUGCACGAGUUGGACUCUGAGUCGCAGCCUUUGCAACCCAUCCCCACCACUGCUGGCGCCCCAGAGAUCGUGGUUUCCAAACCGGAGCAACACAACUCCACUAACCUGGUGUCCUAUGGAUCAGGCGGUGGAGGCAGCAGCAGUGGGAAUAACAAGUCGAGCAAAAAGAAAAACCAGAACAUCGGCUAUAAACUUGGGCACAGGAGAGCGCUCUUUGAGAAAAGAAAACGACUGAGCGACUAUGCUUUGAUCUUUGGGAUGUUUGGAAUAGUUGUCAUGGUUAUAGAAACUGAACUUUCAUGGGGAGCAUAUGAAAAGGGGUCGCUGUAUUCAUUAGCUCUAAAAUGCCUUAUUAGCCUUUCCACGAUAAUUCUACUUGGUCUGAUUAUUGUAUACCACGCAAGGGAAAUUCAGUUGUUUAUGGUGGACAAUGGUGCGGACGACUGGAGAAUAGCCAUGACAUACAAGCGGAUUUUUUUUCUCUGUUUGGAGAUAUUAGUAUGUGCUAUUCAUCCGAUUCCUGGGAACUAUAAAUUCACAUGGACAGCUCGCCUUGCCUUUUCCUACACGCUGUCCACAGCAAUAGCGGAUGUGGAUAUUAUAUUAUCAAUACCAAUGUUCCUAAGACUGUAUCUUAUUGCCAGAGUCAUGCUGUUGCACAGCAAACUUUUUACUGAUGCCUCAUCACGAAGCAUUGGAGCACUGAACAAAAUAAACUUCAAUACCCGUUUUGUAAUGAAGACAUUAAUGACAAUAUGCCCAGGAACAGUGUUGUUGGUUUUCAGCAUCUCAUUAUGGAUAAUAGCUGCAUGGACCGUCCGAGCUUGUGAAAGAUACCAUGAUAACCAAGAUGUCACUAGCAACUUUUUGGGAGCGAUGUGGCUAAUUUCAAUCACAUUUCUGUCCAUUGGAUAUGGGGACAUGGUACCACAUACAUACUGUGGCAAAGGGGUUUGUCUUCUUACUGGAAUUAUGGGAGCUGGCUGCACUGCUCUGGUGGUAGCUGUGGUUGCGAAGAAGUUAGAACUAACUAAAGCUGAAAAACAUGUGCAUAAUUUUAUGAUGGACACGCAGCUAACUAAAAGAGUGAAAAAUGCAGCUGCCAAUGUACUCAGGGAAACAUGGUUAAUAUACAAAAACACAAAGUUAGUUAAAAAGAUAGACCAUGCACGAGUGAGGAAACAUCAACGGAAAUUCUUACAGGCCAUUCACCAAUUAAGAAGCGUAAAAAUGGAACAACGAAAGCUGAAUGAUCAAGCAAACACUUUGGUGGACCUGGCUAAGACACAAAAUAUCAUGUAUGACAUGAUUUCAGACUUGAACGAAAGGGGUGAAGACUUUGAGAAGAGGGUUGUUAACCUGGAAACUAAACUAGAAACAUUAAUAGGGAGCAUACAAGCUCUCCCUGUACUGCUUAGCCAGACAAUUAGCCAACACCAGAGAGAGUUUCUCGAAGUUCAAAUGCAAUCCCACGACAAGCAAGCUGCCUGCAGUGCUGAGCGAUCGCAGUCCUUAUCCAGACAAAGGAGGUCCUCUUCAACAACACCGCCAACUUCAUCAGAAAGUAGCUAGUUGACUAAUAUACCCACAAGAUAAAGACUUUUUGCCAUCAUAUGGUCAAUAUUUUAGCUUUUAUUGUAAAGCCCUAUGGUUUUAAUCAGUGUUAUCCGGGUUCUGAUGUCAGAAUCCAGGGAACCUGAACAAAAAUGUUUUAGGCCAAAACAAGUGAGAAUUGUUUUUUUUUUCUUUUUUUUUUUUCUUUUUUAGAUGCACAGUGCACCUACCAUUGCUAUAUAGAUUGUUUCUUCUGUA